AUGGUGAGACGAGCGACGGAGGGGGGCGCGAGACGAGAGCCGUCGUGGCCGCCGAGCAAAGCGGCGUUGAAUCGAAUAGAUUCGCUCGGCGAUUGCAGAAGCGCGCCGCGAGGAGUGGACGCGAAGAAUGCGAACGGAGACACCGCGCUGGCGGUGGCGUGCGCGCUGGAGGAUGGGAAGGCGUGCGAAGAGAUGGUGAAGAUUUUGGUGGACGCCGGCGCGGACGCGAGCGCGCUUUCAAACGGAAUGGCGCCGGUGCACUGGGCGUGCGCGCUAGGGCAUCGCGACGCGCUCGCGUGCAUGGUCGACGCGUCGUCGACGUCAAUCGUGAAUCUUCGUGCCGAAGAUGGGUCGACGCCGUUGCUCGUGGCGGCGGAACACGGUAAAAUCGAAGUCAUACGAUGGUUGCUCGAGCGCGGCGACGUCGACGCGAUGGCGAGAAACGCGCAUGGACGCGACGUACUCGGCGCGCUCGGCGCGAAGAUGCGUCGACAGAGUCAAUCGGCGAGGAGUGAGUUACGUGCGGAGAUAUUUGAACUCAUUCCUUCGCUGCGUUUGGCGUUUUUGUCCCAUCCUGAUUGCGAAGAACACGUGUCGUUCAAGCCACAUCAAGAGAGCCCCGAGCGCAUAGUCGCCAUUCUCGCCGAGUUGCAGCGCGUGAUCGACCGCGGUGAACUCGCAAUGGGAGAGCUAGAUAAGACAUGCACGUUCGGCGCCGCCGAACCGUCGGAUAUCCUCCGAGCGCACGAUGAGAAUUACGUCCGCGUGUUGGCCGAACUCAGCGAUCGCGUCGGGCAAACGCCCAUCGCGUUCACGCCGUACUGUCAAAACCAUAACGGCGUGCCAGAAAAACUACAAAAACCCGCGGAGAACAGUGACACAUUCUUUUCACCGGGCACGUUGCAAGCGGCGCUUAGAGCUGCGGGCGGGGUCAUUCACGCCGUGGAUAGAGUCUUGGAUGGGAAGAAUAGGAGCGCUUUCGUAUGCUGUCGCCCGCCCGGUCAUCACGCCGGGAUCAACGGCGCCACGGAAGGCGCGCCGUCGAGCGGCUUUUCCAUUUUGAACAACGCCAUGAUCGGCGCUUUGCACGCCAUCGACGUUCGCAAAUGCAUGCGGGUCGCCGUGGUUGAUUUCGACGUGCAUCACGGGAACGGCACCGAAGAAAUCGCCAGGCAUUGGCUCACGAAGCAGCGCGCGAGAGACGACUAUCACCGGCACAAAUCUCCUGACUUGUUCUUCGCGUCGAUUCACUUGGCGGAUGAUGGAACGUCUUCGGGCAUGCUUCCAUUCUACCCGGGCAGCGGCGUGCAGGAUGAUUUGAUGAACAAUAUCGUCAAUGUCGUCGUCCCACCGAUGUGGCUCGCCAAGGGCGCAAGCGCCACGGCACACGCGGAAACCGGCGAGCGCGCUCGGAAAAAAACAAAACGCUUCGCUGACUCUGAAGAUGCCGCCGCCGCGCCGCCGCCGAAGACCAUCGCCAUUGAACCCGAGCAGCAACAAGGUGGGCGCCUAGAGUGGAUGAAGGCGUUUCGAGAGCGCUUGAUUCCCGCUCUCAGGGCGUUCGGUCCUGAGCUCAUAAUCGUGUCCGCGGGAUUCGACGCGGCGGCUUCGGACGUAGGAAACUUGGGCGUCGAUCCGCGUCGAAACACGAGGCACCAAGGCGCUAACCUUCGCGCUGAAGACUACGAGGACAUGACGAAGUUGCUCGUAAACGUGUCGAACGUUUGCGAUGGGCGAGUUGUAUCUAUUUUAGAAGGGGGCUACGGACACUUGAUGAGCGUCGGAAAAUCGAGCGACGGCGCGCAAAAUGCGUUGACGCUCGGUAGAGACGUCUUCGCCAAAUGCGUCAAAGCGCACGUCCAGGCGCUCAUCUGAUGUUGUACUUUUCACUC